UCACAGGUUUGAAUCCCCAUCGUGCUGAAAAGAAAAAUCGAAAUGAAAACAAUUGUUAUCUUGUUUGCCAUUUCCUUCGUCGCCGUCUUGGGUCAUCCAGAAUUGACAGACGAAGACAUAGCAAAACAUAAAGAGCAUCACGAAUCCUGUAUGAAUGAAAACGGUCUCAAUGAAAGUACAGUCGUAAACAAAUGGAAAGAUGACAAUGACGAAAAAUUAAACUGUUACAAAACUUGUUUAUUAAAGAAAUCCGGAACUAUGAAUGCGGAUGGAAAAAUUGAUGUGGAAGUAGCUCGUGCUAAUCUGGAAAAAAAAGACAUAGCGUCAGAAAAAAUUGAAGAAAUGAUUAAUGCAUGUAAAGACGUCACUGGAACCGGUUGUGAAAUGGGACGCGAUGUAUUUAAAUGUUUCAUGCAAUUCUAUCCUCAAGAGUAAGCAAGCCAAAUUCCGCAAGAAAAUCUAAUUGGACUUACAGAAAGAGAUUUUAAUGUCAUCUAUCGUCUAUUAUGCUUUAGAUGACAUUAAAAUAUUAUCUUGCACUUGUGUCAGUUAUACAAAGCGCUGUAUUGAUAAAAAAAUAAAUACACGUUUCGUUUCA